AUGAAGCGAGCUGAGGAAGCUUAAACAAUAAAAGAUGGUUUUGAGAAUAAUUUUUCUAACUUGGAAGCAUCCACAUCUGCAGCGCAUAAAGACAGAGCAGACUAGCUCAAGAAGGCAAAUGUAGAAUUCAAUGUGGUAAGAAAAAGUAAAAUUAUAAUGCAUUGUUUCCUAAGCUUAAAAGGCUUGAAAAUUUCCAAUGACAAUACUCAAAUGUUCCGUUAUCCCUCAAUUACCUUGCCAAUGGCUACAAGUAAGUUGUGUCAAAUUCAGCUAGAUAGCAAAAAUUUAAAGAGCGCUGACUUCGUUACUGCUCUUAAAGAAUACGUUUCUACUCUAAGCCUCAGUAAAGAGCAGAAAGUGUGA